AUGAAAGUAAUAUUGUUGAUGGUCUUAACAUUCUUAGUGUUAGGGAAUUCUUAAUAGAUAGACAUACAUGUUAAAGAUGUCUAUUUAAUUGUUAAAGGAGUUGUAGAAGGAGUGUAAGUAGAUGAUCAUGUAGAAGUGAAAGAAAUUGUGUCAUGCUUAAAUGAUUCAGAAGCAUUAAUAGACAACAUUGUGAAGGCUAUUUAAAAUUUAGAGACUUAAACUUUUGAUGGUGUCAAAGAAGGAAUUAAAUUAAUUGGAAUAGCCAUUUAAUAAAUUCCUGAUGCAAUCACUGCAUGUGAAUCUGGAUCUGAAGAAAUGGUAGCUUUAUCAAGUAUACAUAAUAUUAAUUAAUAGAACUACUUACUAAUAUGCUUGAACAAUUAAGAAACCCUUGGACAUUCUCAUAUAAAAUUGGUUACAAUUUAAUUGUUAAUGGUUUAGAUAUCUAUUAAGAAAUAAGUAAAUACUAUUUAUAAUCUUAGAUACUGCUAUAAAAGAUUGGAAAUCAGAAAUUUAUGAAGAUUUUGGAAAAUAGAUUGGAUUUGUUCUAGUUUAACUACUUAAAGAAACUAAAAAUAUUGAUGCUGUUAUUUUAGAUGAUGAAGUCAUUGGAAUUAUAUUUGAAGGAUUAUUAGAUGGAAUAGUAGAUGCAAGUCAAAUUAAAGCAAAAGACAUUAAAGCUUGUUUAAAUGUUGCUAGUGGAAUUGUUAUAGAUUUUGAAAAAGCUGUUAGACUCUUAGAAGAUGGGUCUGUAUCAAGUGUCAUCUAAGCUUUAUAAUCAUUUGUAGAAGGUCUCUCUGAAUUCCCAAAGGCUCUUGAAACUUGUUAAUCCUCAUCUCAAGAAGCUUUAAAAUUAGCUCAAAAAAUCAAAGACUUAAUUGAAGCCUUAUAAAAUCCAAGUUCAUUUAUCUAUCAUAUUGGAAAAGAUUUAAUCAUUAAUGGAAAGGACAUUUACUAAGAGGUAUCUAUAUAUAUAUUAGAUUUUUAUAGAUAUUUGCAGCAGUUGAUGAUUGGAAGUAUGGAAAUUGGAGUGAUUUUGGUUUCUAAUUGGGUAAAGCAAUGGAAUAAAUAUUUAUUGGACUUUAAAAAGAAAAAUUAUAUUAAUUAUGA